UCUAAGGAACUUCAUCCAGCUGAGCUACAGAUACUAGCUUCCUCUGAUCCAAGGUUCAUAGAGUCCCCAAGUCACCCCUGGUGGGGUGCAGCAAUGAUGGGCAGUAUUUUCAGUCAAAGGAUUGAAUACCCUGAGCAGAAGAGAUCCCACAAGCCCCUCUGUUUCCAUUCCAAGGCCAAGGGCAACCAUAUCCUACUGAAUGACUGCUACUCCAGGGCAGAAAGGAUCUCUACCUUUCACGGCGGCAUUGUCUUUACCAAUCGUCCAGUCCAGCCUUAUGAAAUAGUAACCCUCAGGAUCCUGAAAAAGGAGGAUAGAUGGAAUGGCGGACUCCGAGUGGGGUUCAGCUGCCUGAACCCCUCAAAUAUCAACCCUUGUAUGCUGCCCCCUUUCAUCUGCCCUGAUCUAAUAGUCCAAUCUCCCACCUGGGCAGUUGUCCUGCCUGAUCAGCUCAUUAAGAUUGGAGACGUCAUCCACUUUUGGGUGAACAACUCAGGAAAAGUCUUCUUGAGGACCAAUGAAGUCAAAAAGUUUCUGUUAUUUGAUGGAGUGACUGUGAACUCUCCUCUUUGGGCUGUAAUGGAUGUCUAUGGAACUACAAAAGCCAUUGAGCUGCUCACUCCUGUUAAGAAACCUUUCAGUCCCAGACUUCUGACACUGGUGUUCAGAAAGAAAUCUUAUGAGCUCUGUUUCUGCCUCCCAGCUGGAGACGAAGACGAGUGUUCUGUCUGUCUGUACCAUGGCAAGAACACCCGGCUCCUUCCUUGUGGCCAUGCCAUCCUCUGCUAUUGCUGUGCCAACAGGAUCUUCAGAGACACGGCCAGGUGCCCCGUGUGCCGCCGUGGGAUCGAGCUGUUCUACCUGCAGAACAGACCCACUGCAGCGGAGGCUCCGCAUUUCUCCCAGGGCUCCGCUGUCCUGGGGAGCACCCCGAUCAGCUAACCUCGGACUUUUGCUCGCAUCGCCCUCCCCAGUGCAUGCUGGAUAAAGAGACUGCGGGUGAUUUCUUUGACGUUACCCACCCUGGCUCCUCCUCUUUCACACCUUGGAUAACAAAGACUAAGCGUCAGAAGCUUGAACUGAAAUCCUGGCUCUGUCACUUAACUCAGUGUGUGAUGCUGGGCAAGUCACUCGCUGUCUCCAAGCCUCAGUUUUCUCAUCUGUAAAAUGGAGAUGCUAUCUACCUCACACAUUUGUCCUACGGAAUGCAUAAAAUAAUGUACAUAAAAUAUUUUGUAACCAUAAAGAACUAUAUAUUUAGAAACUUUUGUAACUGUUAUAUUUUAUUUAGAAACAUAUAAGAGUGAUAGGAGGUGAAUCUAUUGGUUGAGGGACAAUAAAGCGGGAAGACACAGAGGUAAAUGACAGAA